AUGCGCCGUAUCCGUUACAAUGCAGCCAUCUCGCUAGACGGCUUCAUCGCCUCGCCAGACGGCUCGACAAACUGGAUCAUUGAAGACGCCAGCAUAGAUUUUGACGCCCUCCACGCCGAGUUCGACUACCACAUCAUGGGUCGCAAGACCUACGAGGUCGUCACGUCUUACGGGGGCGCAAAUCCUCUUGCUGCAAAGCCAAAAGAAAACGUCCUUGUUGUGAGUCGCACAAUGAAACAAGAAGAGUACCCGGGCAUCACGAUUCUACGCCAUGAUUUCAUCCACACGAUUCGUCAAUUAAAGGCGCAGCAAGGCCGGGACAUGUGGCUCAUGGGUGGCGGGCAGCUUGCCGCCGCGCUUUUCGAGGCACGCCUUAUAGACGUCGUAGAGAUGGCAGUCAUGCCGGCUGUUGUCGGCGAGGGAAUAAAGAUGAUUGCAGGGUCGGGCGGAGCAGCCCAGUCCGGCUACAGAUUGGACUUAAGCGCCGUAGAAAGACUGCACACGAGCGGUAUUGUCAUUUUGAAAUAUGCGGUCCUUUACGAUUGCUAG